AUUUGUUAUUGAGCAUCUGUCCAUCCUCAGUGUGCAGAUGAUCCUGUCCGACUACGAGUUAUAAUUUCGUCAUGUCGUGGAAAUUUUACAUCUUUAUACAAGGAGCAGUUUUUGCGUGUUUUUGCACUUUCAAUUAUGUGGAAUGUCAAAGUCAAGCAUACAACACUGACACUGUUGGAUAUUCGGCUCCAUCCGGAUCGUAUGGUUCAGAUAGUCAAGAAUACCAAAAUCAAUAUAAUACAUACCCUGAAAAAUCAAAUGAAAACAGUGUACAAAAUACCGAUUUACAAAACCAUCUGUAUGGUGGAGGUACACAGAUUGACGAUGACAAAGUGAUCAUGGGUGUACCCAAUGCUUACAGGACAAACGGCUUAGGGUCUACAGGAGGAGCUUCUCCCGUGCGUUAUGGGAACGCUGUUGGAGGAUUUUCUGGUUCAAUAGGAUCGGGUGGAUCCGGACCUGGAGGAUUUAGUGGAGUUGGUUUGGUAGGGGGUGGUGAUGGAUCUAUAGGUGGAGCCAGCGUGGUAGGUCCAGGACCAGUAGGCGGACUUGGACUUGCUGGCCCCGGUGGUUUUGGAAUUGUUCCUGGAGCUUUCAGUGGUCCAGGUUCGUUCGGCGGACCAGGUCCAUUUGGUUUCACAGGUUCGUUUGGGGGUCCCGGACUGUUGGGAUUAAUUUUAGGGCCAACGGGUCCGUUCAAUGGGUAUUUGUCGUUCGCCAAUUGGGCUAUAUUAGGUAUAAUGGUUUUAAGAAGGCUCUUGGCGCCUGUAGCUCUCAUUACUAGUUUAAUACCUUUGUUACGUUUCUUUAAAACGGUCGUUUUACCUAAAUUGGCGUAUUUUAUAACCUCUCACAUCAAAGACUACGACGCACGGCUAAGCAAUGAUUCAUUUGAUUUACAAAAUCUGAACAAUCUGUAUGGAGUGAUUAAGGACGUAAUCGACGAUGGACCAUGUUUAAGAAAAAUCAUAUGCGAAGCUGGAAUCGUCACGAGUGCUCAUCCAGUGGCACGAUCAAUUAAACGAUUUGCGAAAAAAGUGAAUUUAAGAAAUGAGUUGCUACAAGUUUUCAAGGAUUCAUUAAUUGGAACUGUUUCGGAGUGCAAUCAGUACAUGUGUAAACGACAUGCAUAAUAGUAAUUGAAAUAAAAUAUGUAAACAAUUUUAAUAAUACAAUUUCUAAUUUAUUCGCAAAAUCAUU